GAUUUAAAUUUGAUCUACCUGAUUUGAUUUCCCUAAAACUAUGAUGUUAAUUUAUUAAGCUAAUUCUUGGUCAUGUAUUAGUUUGAUUUGUGGACUUACUGCUCAUAUAUUCUACAACAUGACUGUUAAAUUGAUUUUAGUGGUCACUACUGUGCAUGAACAGCAACCUACUUUAUAUAUUGUCGGCAAGUUUCAUAUAGCAUAGUACACAUUAGGCAUUAAUUAAUGUAUGCUGUGUUGAAGGUUUUGGAUUCACAACGUAUUUAUGUUUGAUGAUUAAUGUUCAUAUGAUGAUAUUGUCCCUGUUUUGGCUCAAUAUUAUAUUUUUGUGUCUGAUGAUAUUGUAUAUGUCUGGUUUUUUACAUGGGGUAUCUCUCUAUGUGUGUGUGGACAAUGAACUAAUUCAUUACGCUUGACCUGUCAAGUAAUGGAUGAAAAGUCCAAUGCUGAGUUGAGUAGCAGUACAGUUGAUCAGCUGUCAACUCAUUCUGAUGUCUAUUAUAAAGUAUAUGGAGAUAGACAAUGAUGAAAAGAAUGGAGGUGAUGAAAAGAAUGAAAGCACCACACAGAUAACUAAAAAGGGGUUACAUCUCUAUCCAGUUUCUGCUCAAGCUUCUGGCGAAGGUUUGCCAUAUGCUCCUGAAGAUUGGCCUGAACCAGGUGAUAAGUGGUGCUGGAAGGUGGGAAAAAGAGUAAGAUCUAAUGGUUAUUUUAUGGAUAGAUACCUUUAUCUUCCAAAACGUCUUCAGAGUGAGCGAAAGGGAAGAACUUUUGCAAGUAAGCUUUCAGUUGAACAAUAUCUUCAGACUACUGGAGCAGAUGUCAAGAAAUUUUUUGGUUCAUUCAGUUGGCAUAUUCCUUCAGGAGAUCGACCUGCAGUAGAAGAACUUGCAGGGUCUGAAUUGCAAGCUGGGAUUGGGUGUUGUAAGGCUGGUAAUAAAUCAUGUGGCAGCUUAGCUGAAGCAGAGGAAACUUCAUCAGGAUCUAUCCUUUGUGACAUGUGUUGCAGUGAACCUGGCUUUUGUCGGGAGUGUUGUUGUAUUUUAUGUAGUAAGACCAUAGAUUUAUCAUAUGGCGGCUAUGAUCUUAUAAGAUGUGAAGCAGCUAUAGAUGAUGGGUUUUUUUGUGGUCACAUAGCACAUAUUGGAUGUGCUCUCCAAUGCCACAUGGCUGGAACGGUUGGAGGAAGCAUUGGCUUGGAUGCAGAGUACUACUGUCGCCGAUGUGAUACGAAGACAGAUCUUCUUUCACAUGUUAAGAAGCUUUUACAAAUCUGUGAAUCUAUUGAAUCUCGGGAUGACAUUGUGAAUAUACUGAAUUUGGGGGCUUGUGUUUUGCGUGGCUCACAAAGACUUGCUGCGAAGAAAUUGUUGGAUCGUAUUGAAUUGGUCAUGGGAAAGCUUAGAAGCGGGACUUCUCUAGAAGAUAUUUGGAAAGUGGAAGAUAGCUCUGCUGUUAUUCCAGGAAACUUGAUCAGUGAUGCAGAUACUGCAUCUGAAUCUUCAAUAGACAAAAACCCUCAUAGUAGAGCAGCCUCACCUCAAUAUGUAUCCGAAAGUUUUGAUCCUCUGAUAGAGUCUUUAAAACUGGAGGAUAAGGUUGAUGAGAUUUUGGAAGCCUUGAGAAAGUCUCAAGAAUUAGAAUAUAAUAUUGCCCAGGAGAGGCUUUAUGAGCAAAAGAGCUAUCUUCAAAGUCUGUAUCAUCAGCUUAAUAAGGAAAAGGCUGAGCUUGUCCGACAUGCAGCUUAUAACACUGAUCGGGAUGCAUUAUCUCUACUUGUUGUGAAUAGGGUCGAUCAGAUAAAAGGGGAGAUUAUUAAACUUAAGGAAAUGGAAAAAGUGACCAAGGGAUUUGGAAAAACUUCCAAAGAAAUCUUGAAGGAACAUUUUGAUGUUCAUUCUGAAUGUGGAUAGUUCUUCAAGCUGCCAGCAUCUGUCAUCAUGCCGCUAUUAUGCCAAUAUCCAUAUAACGAUUCGUGUGAUUCUCUCUGAGCUCGCAGGUGCUCUUUGUGACUGCACUACUAUUGUGCCAAAAAUUUUGUUUGUUAAGCAUUGUACAAUAUGUACUAAGUUUUUUGUUUACAUGAUAGAAUUUUUUUAUUUUUUUUGUAGACCUUUUACAUGGUAGAUUAAUCAUAUUAGGUAUAGAUUUGUUUUUGAGACCUUUUACAUAUUAGGUAUCACAUGAUUUACUUUGAGACGA